AUGUUCUCGGACCCAUCUACGGAUGUUGCUAGGGAGGAAAUGUUUCACGGCGAUGAGGAAGAAGGUUUGGCGAAAACUAGACAUCAUGAUCUUAGGAAAAUGGAUACAAUUGUGAACCACCACUCACCGCAGAUUAUCUGGAAAACGCGUAUGGAGGUCAUGAAACAAACAGAACAUUCGAAGUACGGAUAUCAUCCGCAUACUCGACGGUAUUACCAAGGGCAGAUAUUACCUUUUUGGGGAAAUAAAACCUUUGUAAGCAGUGGUAACUCAAAAACACCAGGAGAGCUGCCUACUGACUGUGGAACCCUUUCAUCAGCAGCGGUGGACUUGGUGAAGAGGCUGCUGACCGCAGAUCCAAUGAGGCGUCUCCGCUCCCUCCUCACCCUCCAAACUCUCCCAUUCUUCAUGGGAUUUGAUUUAUCGAAAGUCAAAAUGAAAAAGGUAAUCUAA